AUGGAUUCUCUUGUCGCCCACCCGUCGAACCCUCAACAGGCCAAGGCGUUCACCGCGCCGGGAAGCUUGUCCUACCCCAACAGCGCUGCUGAGCUGACCCCUCCGUCCUCGGAGAAGAACGCCAUGGGUGAUGCAAAGGUCAACGGCGUUGCCACUCCCGCAGACACCCCCGAUGCCAACGCGAACGCGUCAGGUAUCGUGCCAACCCUGCAGAACAUCGUCGCUACCGUGAACCUGUCUGCCCGCCUGGACCUCAAGACCAUUGCCCUGCACGCGCGGAACGCGGAGUACAAUCCCAAGCGUUUCGCUGCCGUCAUCAUGCGUAUCCGUGAGCCCAAGACUACGGCUCUGGUGUUCGCGUCCGGCAAGAUGGUCGUGACCGGUGCCAAGAGCGAGGACGACAGCAAGCUUGCUUCUCGCAAGUACGCGCGUAUCAUCCAGAAGCUCGGCUUCAACGCCAAGUUCAGUGACUUCAAGAUCCAGAACAUUGUCGGCUCUUGCGACAUCAAGUUCCCGAUCCGUCUCGAGGGUCUCGCUAGCCACCAUCACACUUUCUCCUCCUAUGAGCCUGAGCUCUUCCCUGGUCUCAUCUACCGUAUGAUGAAGCCUAAGAUUGUGCUUCUAAUCUUCGUCUCCGGCAAGAUCGUGCUCACAGGAGCCAAGGUUCGCGAGGAAAUUUACCAGGCGUUCGAGCUCAUCUACCCCGUUCUCGCGGACUUCCGCAAGUCCUAG